AUGUCAAAAUCAUACACCCUAGAAUCUGCCAACGAAGAAAGACGACGCGUCUACCACGAGGCAGAUGUAGUAGUAGUCGGAGCUGGUAUAUUCGGGUGCGCCAUCUCCUACGCACUCGCCCAACAAGGUCGCAGCGUACUCCUCCUCGAACGUUGGCUCAAGGAACCAGACCGCAUAGUUGGGGAACUUCUCCAACCAGGCGGCGUGUCGGCACUGGAAAAGUUGGGCUUGGCACAUUGUUUAGAAGGUAUUGAUUCGGUGGUUGUAAAGGGAUAUGAGGUUAUAUAUCAUGGAACACCUGUUUCUAUCCCGUAUCCUAUGAAUGCGGGCAAGGCACAAGAAGGAGGUUUUAUGGAUGCGAAAAAUGAAAAGAGCAAGAGGCCUGAAGGAAGAAGUUUUCAUCAUGGGAGAUUUAUUUCGCAAUUGCGGAAAGCUUGUGCUGGUCAUCCUAAUAUCACAAUUAUCGAAACAGAAGUCACGGAAACGAUAACGGGUGGACAUAACGAAACUCAAGUUCUCGGAGUACACUCACGAACUACGAAUCCAUCAACGGGCGAAAAGAAGGCAGAUUGUUAUUUUGGACAUCUCACUAUAAUUGCGGAUGGAUAUGCCUCGAAAUUCCGCAAACAAUACAUCAACAAAACCCCCAUAGUCAAAAGUAAAUUCUACGCUCUAGAAUUAAUAGACUGUCCCAUGCCAGCUCCAAACCAUGGAAUCGUGGUCCUCUCCGACUUCUCUCCAGUCCUCCUCUACCAAAUUGGCACUCACGAAACUCGCGCUCUAAUCGAUGUCCCAGACAAUAUUCCCUCUGCAUCCCCCGCUGCAGGUGGCGUACGAAAUUACAUUCACAAUACCGUUGUCCCGAUACUACCUCCACAAGUACAGCCUUGUUUCCUCAAAGCCCUCGAAGAUGGAAAAAUCCCCCGCAGCAUGCCAAAUAGUUUCCUUCCACCCACAACCCAAACCCAAAAAGGAGUGCUCCUUCUUGGUGACGCAAUGAACAUGCGACAUCCCCUGACAGGAGGUGGAAUGACGGUAGCCUUCAACGAUGUGGUCCUCCUGUCUUCUCUCCUUGAUCCCUCCAAAAUCCCAAAUCUAAACGACACAGCCGCCAUAAGUAAAGCUAUGAAAGAAUUCCAUUGGCGACGCAAAAAUCUCUCUUCAAUAAUAAAUAUCCUAGCUCAAGCACUCUAUGCACUCUUCGCAGCAGAUGAUCCACAAUUAAAAGCCUUACAAAAAGGUUGUUUCUAUUAUUUCCACAAAGGAGGAAAUUGUAUAGAAGGACCUGCGGGAUUAUUGGCGGGAAUCAUCAGACAACCAUUAGUUUUGAUAUAUCACUUUUUCGCAGUAGCGGUACUAUCGAUUCAAAUUUUGAUGGGAGAAGUUAUGGGGGGAUUAAGUGGAAUAUGGAAAGCACCUUGGGCAGUGGAACAAAGCAUAGAGGUUUUUUGGAAGGCGUGUAUAGUUAUUUUUCCAUUUAUUUGGAGUGAGAUGAGGAGUUAG